AUGACCUACACUGUGCUCUGGGACUGGGAGAAGCCCUCUGCGAAGCCACGACCCAUCUUGACGCCUCGCUGCGAGCGUCGUCGUCAGAAGUGGGAAGGCGCAAAGGAGGGCAAGGAGCAUCGCGUGAUGGAAUGCAGGAAAGAAGGUAAUGAAGAAGCGGUAGGACAAGCGUCCUAUGUUUGCCUUUGGCUUAUAAACGCGAAAAUCAAGACUUGUAGAGCACAAAUGGUGUAGGCCAAGCUGCAUUCAGGUCAAUGGAUGCUAAUGUGAGUAACCACCUCAGCUGCCUAGUCGAUUUAUAUAGACAAGCUGCGAGCAGAACCACCGCUUUAG